AUAGCUCAGCAAUUAAGUUCACUUGCUGCUCUUCCAGAGGAUUCAAGUUUGAUUCCCAGCACCUACAUUGGGCAACUUAUAACUAACUGAAACUCCAUGGAUCUAAUGCCUUUUGGCCUUUGAUGUACCUGCACACAUAUAACAGACAGACAGGCAGCAAUGGCUACAGAGGGUGCUUCCUCAGAAAUCAUAGAAAAACAACGAACGAAGUUGCUCCGUGUCCUCCAACAAGAUCCGGAGUCUAUCUUAGACACGUUAACCUCUCGGAGCCUGAUUUCUGAGGAGGAGUACGAGGCUCUGGAGGAGAUCACAGAUCCCCUGAAGAAAAGUCGGAAGCUGUUAAUUUUGGUACAGAAGAAAGGAGAGGACAGCUGUCGGCGUUUCCUCCAGUGUUUGUCUAAUGCCUUUCCAGAGUCAGCGUCCGCCGUGGGCUUCAAGCACGAAGUUCCAUGGCAGGCAACUGAAGAGACUGUGGGGGUGAGCAGGAAUUCCGAAGAUCCCUCUUCUCUUGGGACGGUAACCCCAGAGAUAGCAGAACUCUCAGAAGAGAAAGAAUGUCUAGAUCUGGGAGCUCCGAAGUUCUUCACCUGCAAGGAAAGUAGCCACAGGGAACCGGCAGUAUCCUCCUGGGAGAACCAGGAAGGGCAUGGUACACCGCAAGUCACGGCUCCACAUUCAGUCAAAAGAGUUGAGUAUGAAGUCCCAGCAAGCAUCACGUUCUUAAGCGAUGGGCAGAGGUACGAGGAGCCGGAUGAUUCGCUGUACUUAGAGGAAGGGGAAUAUCAAGAGUACCUUGCGUUCCCUGAAGAUGUCGAGACUGUCUUGGAGGAAGAGGCCGGCAAGGACCCACAGUGCUUGGUGUAUGAUAAUGAAGAGGAAUGUGAGAAUGAAGAGCCCGCGGGGUUCUCCAGUGAAGCCAGUAGCUGUUCAGAGACUGACUUUUCAAUGGAGGAGGAAGAGAAAAGCGCUGAAGAAAGAAAAAGAGUGUUUCAGCAUGUCCUGUCCUGUUUGAACAUGGAUAGAAGCAGAAAGCUUCUCCCAGAUUCUGUGAAGCAGUUUUCCAUAGCCCGAGGACGUGAGUGGACGCCCAAGACCCCCGGAGACUUAGCUUGGAAUUUCCUGAUGAAGGUUCAGGCUUUAGACUUGACAGCCAGAGAUUUUAUCCUGAGGCACAAGAUGGCGGAUGAAGAGAACAAAGAAGAACUGCUGGCUGGAAUGGAGAGGUUAGGAAUCGGAGACGCACAAACCAUCAAUCCCCUGGACGUCCUCUGCGCCUGCAUGCUUUGCGCAGACGGCUCUUUGCAACGUGAAGUCAUGUCAAAUAUGUACCAGUGCGGGUUUGCCCUUCCCCUGCUACUGCCAGAUGCAGAGAACAACAGAAGCAUCCUCAUGAUGGGGGCCGUGAAGGACUUAAAGCGGCAGGCAAUGCAGUCUUCAGGAGGCCCCCCCAGGGAGACAGACACGUCUCUGAGUCUCAUGAAGAUGCCUGUCAUCUCUUUUGUGCGACUGGGACACUGCAGCUUCUCCAAGUCCAGAAUUCUGAACACACUGCUCAGCUCCUCCCGACAGAAACCACACCCGUGUUUCCUCCCUCGGGACCUGUCCGUUCCCGUGCUGCCUCGGCAAAUUUCUGAUGGCCUGGUGGAAGUGACGUGGUGCUUUCCCGACAACGCGGAGCUGAUGGCGAGCCCACACAUUUUCCAGAAGCCUGUUGCUGUGGCCAACCUUCGCGGCGAUCUAGAAAGCUUUUGGGUGCAAUUUGGCUUUCUGGUGGAAGUCUCCUCCGCCGUGUUCUUUCUCACAGACUACCUCGGUGAGAAGGAGUGGGCCUUGCUGAUGUUUUUAGGAGAAGAGGCCAUUGAAAGGUGCUAUUUCAUCCUCAGUCCCCAGGCCAAGGAGAGUGAAGAGGCUCAGAUUUUCCAAAGGAUCCUAAAACUGAGGCCAUCACAGCUACUGUUUUGGGAGGUAGAGGAAGCUGAGGAUAGAAGGAGGGCUAUGGAGGCCCUUCAAGCUGCCCUCCAGGAAGUAAUGUCAUCUCCACUCAGAUGUGUGUCACUUGAAGAUAUGGCCUGUCUGGCCAGGGAGCUGGGGAUUCAGGUAGACCAAGACUUUGAAGUUACUCAAGAUACUCAAAUUUCCCCCAGAACAAUUGAAGGUGAGGACCAGCAACCACGGAGUCAGACAAAAAGCCCAUCUGAAAGCCAAGCUCAGAAGCCACUCGGAGAGCCUGGAACUCAAUGUGAGGACAGCCAGAAUGCUCUGAUCUUCCAUCAGACUCCAGUAUUCAUGCCUUAUCCAGCACACCCGUGGCCCUUGCCCAAUAAAGCUGGAAGUAACUUUUACCAUGUUCCUUUGAGAGCCCCCUGGGCUAUAAGCUCCCACUUUAGAUCACAGCAGAAGGCUAAGUGGUUCUUUCCAUUCCCCCAUCAGAAUAGAAGUGCUCACAGCAGCGGUCAAAAUUUUGGCAUUAAAUACUUCCAACCCUGGAGAUUUCAUUCAAGGGGAAGAUUCACAAAAUGUUCAGCAACUCCUCAGCAGUAUCACCCGAAUGGACCAUUUGGGAGAUCACAGAGACAAACUUCUCAUGUACAGACCCAUCCUGAGAGCAGGCCGACUUCGAGAACUCUUCAGAGGUCUGGGACAGUGGACUCUCCAGUAGGUCACGGAAGUUCCCAUGGCUCACAAGCAAAGAGAGCCACAGGGAAGCCACGGCCUGAGAAAGCCUGUGCCCAGGGGCCACAGCUGAGUAAAGUAGCUGGAAAGUCUAUAAAGAUACUGCCCCAUAUUAAAUAUCUUCACCCUCAGCCCUGUCGGCCAGCAGGAGCCAUUCAAGAAUGGAUAAUACCCGUUUCUCAUCAAGGAGCCCAACAAACAACACAGGGAAGACCUGCGGAUCUAGCUUUCAAACCAGGGUCUCAAUCUACAUCUGGGAGUAAACUUUCAUCUACCUCCCAGUCCAGCUCCCAUCAACCCAAAUUCCAGAGCAAACACAUCCAGCCUCAACCGUUUCAACCUGUGCCUUCUCAGAAAAAAUCGUCUCACUCCCGGCCCUCCCAAGCUAAACUCCCUCAUCUGAAUCCCUCUCAUGCAAACCCUACUCAGGGGCAGCCUUCCCAAGCUAAACCCACUCAUUCCCAGACCUCCCAAGCUAAACCUUCUCAUCAGAAUCCCUCUCAUGUUAACCCCACUCAUCCACAGCUUUCCCAUGCUAAAUCCACUCACUCACAGGCCUCCCAAGCUAAACCCACUUACUCUCAAGCUAACUCCCAUCAUCCACAUCCCUCCCAUGCUAAGCCCUCUCAUCACAAUUCCUCUCAUGCUAAACCCACUCAUCCACAGCCUUCCCAUGCUAAACCCNCUCAUCCACAGCCUUCCCAUGCAAAACCCACUCAUCCACAGCCUUCCCAUGCUAAACCCGCUCAUCCACAGCCUUCCCAUGCAAAACCCACUCAUCCACAGCCUUCCCAUGCUAAACCCGCUCACUCCCAGGCCUCCCAAGCUAAGCCUUCCCCAUCCCAAUCUACUCAGUUUAAGGCACAUAAACCCCAUCAGUCCCAAUCUAAGCCUUUUCAACCAAGGCCCACUCAAACUAAGUCAUCUCAGACCAAGCCUUCACAGGCAAAGGCCUUCCACCCAAGAGCAGGGAGACGUUAAACAACAUACUCUAGAGAUCUAGGGCAUAUGGCCUUUGCUUAAGUUAUUCUGCUCAUAUAACAGUCUGAAGGAAAGUUUCAGUGAAAGACUGAUAAAAGUAGCUAAACAAAAAUGCAAAGUCUUAAGUGCAUAGCUGAGUUUCUAAGUGUGGAAACUAUGAAAGCAGCUAACAGUAGGGGCUGGCUGGGCAAGGUGGCACACACCUACAGGGUUUAGCAUGAGGGCUGUGUCAUCCCAACUCAGGAGAAGCAGGCAGAUGUCUGUGUGUUCGAGGCCAGUCUGGUCUACAUACCAAUGACAUAGCAAGUUUUAGAUCAGCCAGAGUACAUAAUGAGACCCCGUCUGGGGACAGAAGGUUUGGAUCUAGCAUCAAAACAAAGAGAUCAGUCAGUGUUCCAGACAGAAUCAUUAAUUACACUCAACAGAUUAUCCAAACCCAACCAAACCAAUGACUAACCCUCCUAAGGAGCGGGAAGGAGUGGGUGGGGGUCAGGCUGAGCAGGAAGGGAAAAGAGCUGAGGAUGGAUAUGAUCAUUGUAUACAUGUAUGAAGCUGCCAAAUCAUAAGUGCAAGAUGGGGAAAGAACAGGAUCUAAGGAUACAUGAACUCACUGAGCCCAGCCCUCACUAUCAGAUGAUGUGGGGUUUGAACCCAGGAAGUGGAGUCUGUGUGAUUGUAAAAUGAUGAAAACAUGGUGCUCAGCUUAUCUCAGUGUUGAAGAAAAGCAACUUCAGAAGUGCCUUGGUUUUGGGUUUAUUAUCAGCCACUGAGCAGAUAGGCAGUCUGCACCAGUUAGAUCAACUUGCUUCUGGUAACAGCCACAACAGUCAUUACGUAAUAAUAUUAUAUAAUAGCCACAGCCAAUACUCAUGCCUGACAAGACUUCUCAUUUAGCCCUUACACACGGAAAUAUGGAUGGUCAAUAAAACAUACUUUUACAUUACCUUUGGUACUGACUUAUGUAUGUUUCAUUCUUUAUAUAAUAGCUAAGAAAAUUUACCUCAUUAGAGGUCCUGUUAUUCUACUAGCCUAAUGGUUUGGAAUCAGAAAUGCGUUAGUGAGUUUUUAAUCUUAGAGUUAAUUGAAAAGAUUAAGAUGAAUUUAAAAAGGGUAUAAGUAAUGUUUGAGAGAGCUUAUGAUUGACAGGCUUAUAAUUUUUGUAGACUCAUGUCAUUCUGAACAUUUGGAUAACUUCUGCUAGUUAGCAGUAUUCAAAAGAAUAUAUUUGAUUCAGAUAUUUAACCGGAGCUUAAGUUUUUAAGUGUCACCAAGUAUCAAUAAAAGGCUACGUUAGCGGAACAUGUUGGUACACAUCUGUGACCUUACACAUAAGAGACUGAGGAAGGGGAAUCAAGGCUCAAGCCAGCAGCUCAUAGUGAGACCAAGUCUCAAAAAACAAAAACAAGCCACCUUAAGGUAGAUUUUAAAUUUUGCCUCAUUUAGAAAUAAAGUAAGAUUUAUAAAUUGGA